UGUAUUAUCUAUCCCUCCCGACAGCUCCAUCCAGGGGCCAAGAAGGCAACACCACCCAUGGCGCUCCUCCUCUCCCCGACCGUCUCCUUCCUCUCCUCCCCCUCCGCUCCACGCUGCUCCCGAGGUCUCUCCGCCGCCGCCAAUGCAUCCUGCCCCGCCCCAAGGCUGCGAUGUAAGAGCCUCCCGUUCCUACAGAGCCCUCUGAAUGUGACUGCUACUUGUGCCUCUUUGGCCGAGAAGAGGCUGGUUCUUGUCCAUGCCGCCGCAGAGGGUGGUGAGGCUGGCGCGGAGCAGCCAGAAGAGCCGAAACCGGUGACUAAGAUCGAGGAAAUGCCGCUCGAGUCGAAGCAGAAGAUGAUCAUGGAGCAGAGGGCGCGGAUGAAGCUCGCCAAGAAACUGAGGCAGCGCCGCAAGCGGCUUGUCCGCAAGAGGAAGCUCAGGAAGAAGGGAAGAUGGCCACCGUCCAAGAUGAAGAAGCUCAAGAACGUGUGAACAGCGUUAAUGUUAGCUGCCACUCUGCCUUGGCUUUAUUGAUACCUUGUGCUUUGUCCCGUUUACCAGUUUUGCUGUUCGGAAUCUGAAACACAAUGCCUGUAAAAUGUAAUUCUGUUUUCAAGUAACUGAAUCUUCUUACAGUCUAGUGGAGUCGGUGUGUCUGAAAUU